GGUGUGUGCAGGCAGGCAGUUCAAUGUAGAGUGUGAGGGAGAAAGCACCAGGAACAUCUCAACGUGAGUCCAGUUCAGCCUGUCAUCUGUCACCCCGCUUCAAAACUUCUACUCCUUCUCCAGCGGACGGACCGAGAUGGGAAACUACCCGAGCUAGUUUGUGAAGAGGACACACAUUUCAGGGGGAGCUGAGCUAAAACUGCCAGGUUGAGCCUUCAGUCACACAGUUCACCUCCGGAGAAGGAACAGGAGCACAGUGGAGAUGCAGACUUUCCUGAAAGGCCGGAGAGUCGGCUACUGGCUCAGCGAGAAGAAGAUGAAGAAGCUCAAUUUUCAGGCCUUUGCUGAUUUGUGCAGGAAAAGAGGAAUAGAAGUUGUUCAGCUGGACCUCAGCCAGCCUCUGGAGGAGCAGGGUCCCCUGGACGUCAUCAUCCACAAACUGACUGACCUCAUCCUGGAGGCUGACCAGAAUGAUUCACAGGCUGUUCUGCUGGUGCAAAGAGUACAGGACUACAUUGAUGCCCACCCUGAGACCAUCGUCCUAGACCCUCUUCCAGCCAUCCGAACUCUGCUGGACCGUUGCAAGUCCUACCAGCUCAUCCACAGGAUAGAGAGCUGUAUGCAAGAUGAAAGGAUUUGCUCUCCUCCAUUCAUGGUCCUGAACUCAGAGUGCAGCCCAGAUGUGCUGGAGCAGAUCAAGAUGCAAGGACUCACAUUCCCCUUCAUUUGCAAAACGCGGGUGGCUCAUGGAACCAACUCCCACGAGAUGGCCAUUAUCUUCAGCGAAGAGGACCUGAAGGACGUGAAGCCUCCGUGUGUGAUCCAGAGCUUCAUCAACCACAACGCUGUGCUCUACAAGGUGUUUGUGGUGGGAGACUCCUACACCGUGGUGGAGAGACCUUCACUCAAGAACUUCCCUGCUGGACCUGCAGACAGGAAAGCAAUUUUCUUCAACAGCCACAAUGUUUCCAAACCAGAGUCGUCCUCAGACUUGACCACGAGAGAGAACUUGGAGGGAGAGUCUCAGCCGCCCAAUGAUGAUGUCAUCAGAGAGUUGUCCAGGUCAUUGCGACAGGCGCUCUGCGUGUCCCUGUUUGGCAUUGACGUCAUCAUCAACAACCAAACAGGCCAACACGCAGUCAUCGACAUCAAUGCAUUCCCUGGAUAUGAGGGCGUCCCCGAGUUCUUCAAUGACCUCCUGAACCACAUCACCAGCGUGCUUCAGAGCCACAACCCGGACUUCGCCCCCCCCAGCGAGCAGCCCAAAGCCCUGCCGGUGAGCACCACGGUACCCAACGCCGCCCCGCCCGCCCCCGGCUGCUGCAGCAUGCUGGGAAAAGAGGCCAGCGGCAGCCCAUGGAUCGUAGAGGGCGACGGAGGUCUGAAGGGCCCCCGCCAGAGACUGGGCUGCAACUCGGCCAUGUCCCCUAACUUCCAGCAGCACUGUGUCUCCACGAUAGCUACCAAGGCUUCCUCCCAGUGACUGAUCCCCUGCCCCCACUCCGUUUGACCCCUGAACAAAAAAAAACAAACAAAAAAACGGAUGACAAUGGUGACAAUAAUAAUGAAUAAUAAUCAUAAUAAUUAUGAUGUUAAUGAUGAUAAUAUAUCUAAUCAAAAACAAACCUUUUCCUAUAUAGUUAUUGAAAAUGAUGGUGAUUGAGUGUAAGCUUUUUUCUCUCUGCCUUUUUGUAUUUUUCGUUUCGUCUAAUGAGACUUAACAGUACUGUAAUGUGAACUUUUGGGAACUUUUGCCUAAUAGCUGAUUUUAUUUUUCUCUCUUGUGUGAGUUCUCUGUAAUGAAAGGGUCCAGAUGAGGUAGCUAAUGGGACUGGCUGAAUCAGGACUGGAGACAGAUGUGCCACUAGACGUGCAAUGUAUGAUCCCUUGUAUCUCAUAUAAACACACACACUCACACACACAGGUACGUUUACAGUGCGACGGACCGUACCGGUGAUGUGUGUCUGGUCGAUACCACUGACUCCUCCACACAAAGGGAGGGGGAGUAAAAGGUGGCUGGACAUUUGAACACUAUUCCUCAGAUCCUGGGCUGCUAUGUGACUGUGGCCAACUGACAGCACAGGACAUAAUGAGUCUGAACACGAAUGACAAGAUAGUUUGUGGUUUUUGUUAGUUUGAACAAACUGGUAAGCCGUUUACUUUUCCGAGUGCCAUCAAAUUUACUGCGAGGGUUGGAAGGACGUCAGUUAAAAAGUAAAUCUCCAUGACCAUGUGACCAAGUUUUUUUUUUUAAUGACUGUUGCACCAAUGUUUCGAGGUGUGUUUUACUGUAUGUCAGGUGUUUAAACAAACAAACCGCAUCCUUGUUAAGAGUCCCAGUUUGAGUCGCUCCGGUGCAGGAAGAUGAGGAUCACAUUCCUUUUCGUGUUUGUGGAUGUUUUCAGAGAAUUCCAUGAUUUUUCAGAAUUCCAGUGGGAUCUUGUGAGAUUUCUCUCAUCACUUCAUGGGUUUGUAAUCUCCUUCAAACAGACUCUCUCCACAUGUCUUCAGUGCUUGUAUCUGUAAUGUGAGCAAACUACUCUCCUGAGGCCAACUUGACCUAUCUACAGACUUUUGGGGGCUGCUGUGUUAAUCAGAAAAUCAAAUUAUUCCACUAAAAUGACGGUAAAAUGUGUUUGAAUACCCACAAAUUGGGUAUUAAAUAUUUUGCUACCAUUAAAUAACAGUUCCAGGUGAUUUGUUCAGCUUUUAUUGCGUCUCUCAUUUGAUUUAGUUUCACCCUAACAGCACUUUCUUGCAAAUUGUAGUCAAAGAAACCUUCAGUGACGUCGGUUCAUUUCAAGCUGCUGUAAUUUUGUCACGUUUUUAAAAAUCAUUUGGAAGGGAAGUGGCGGGGGAGACAGUCCAGCUCUUGUUCCCAGUGUUCACUGUGAGAUUUUUUUACUCCAAUUUUGUUAAUAUCUUUGUCCUGAUAUCUACUAAGAGCAACUUUAUUUUAUUGAGAUUUUAUGGGGAAAAAUGUUUUAUAUAAAUGAAAUGAGAGCACGGUUGGGAUGUUUUUGAACAAACAGUGGAUAUUUACUUAGAGGUAUAGUAAAAUGCUGGUUGUACUGGUGGUGUCAAAGGGGCAGGAGGGCUUGUGGUUGAUGCUGUUGUCUCCCUCUAGCAUCUAGUGGGAAGGAGUGCCGGAUUUUUGCAUUCCCCUGAGCCUGCUUCUUCUCGUCCCAGAGAGCUCCUCCUAGGUGUUUUUUCUUCCUCCAUCAGUAUCCGAGGGAACGGACUGUCCUCUUGCUCGCCCUGUGAUCGUAAAUUAUAGUGUCAGCGCAGCCAUCUCACCAGCAUCUCUCUGGGACAAAAGAAUACCAACCAUGUUCUGAAAGUUGCUCUUCACUGCACACAUUUCAUUGUGAGGAUAGUUCCACAACACAGUAAAUAUCCUGUUUUAAUCUCUCACAAUUUGAGUGUCGUGAAGCACAACAUAUUCAGAAUGUAAAGGUAUAGCAGCACGUUCAGAGGGACUUUUCCUCAUCUAGAAAAAAGGGGCUAAGUUCUGGAUGUGUCCCUGUUAAAGCUGGAAAUGCUGAUAUCUGUGUACACCACUAUAAUGUGUGUCCUAUGUUGUGUUCCUUAUCGUGCUUCUAAAUGGGAAAUAAAUGGUUAAUCCUACCCUUGGUCCUUUCUGCAACCCAGACGGUGUCAUCAUGCUCCCAGUUUCCACCUGAAUGUUUACUUCUUGGGUGUCUUGUACAGUACGUGUAUAUAUGCCCAGGCUUACAUCCGUACAGUAUGUUGUUUUGUAUCAGUUCUGUAAUUGAGGAAUCCACAAUUUUGUGACCUUUUUUUAAUUAAAUGGCCAAAACAACAGGGCGAAAAUAAACAUGUGAAACCUCA